GGUUUAGAUAUAGCUGCUUGUCAUACAGUAUCACACUUGACAGGCUUAGAUACACGGUUCUGCAGACACAUGACUGGUUUAGACAGUAUCCCACUUGGCAGGCUUAGAUACACGGUUCUGCAGGCACACGACUGGUUUAGACAGUAUCCCACUUGGCAGGCUUAGAUACACGGUUCUGCAGACACAUGACUGGUUUAGAUAUAGCCGCUUAUCAUACAGUAUCACACAACACAGGCUUAGAUACACGGUUCUGCAGACACAUAAGACUGGUUUAGACAGUAUCACACUUGGCAGGCUUAGAUACACGGUUCUGCAGACACACGACUGGUUUAGACAGUAUCCCACUUGGCAGGCUUAGAUACACGGUUCUGCAGAUACAUGACUGGAUUAGAUACAGCCGCUUGGCAGACAGUAUCACACUUGACAGGCUUAGAUAAAAACCAGCUCCUCAGCAGAUAGUAUCACACAUAACACACUUAGAUACACCAUCCCCUCCACACACUGUAUAUGUCAGUACAGAUGACAGUAAAAAGCCAUCCGCAGGUCCUCCCGCCACACGCCGCUCUAUCCCUCCGCCCGCACGUAUCUAUGGUUUUGGUAAUAUCUCGCUUCGCGCUGACCAUAGAGCGGUGGGUGUGGCUAGAGCGGCCGCGCGGUGCCUGCUGGGAUGCGUGUGUGACUCCUCCAGGCCGCGCACAGCAGUGUGGAGCCGCGGCGGGCCUGUCUGUCUCCCGGUAGUCAGCGCGCCCCCUGGUGAGGGGAGGAUUCGGGGUCAUCCCGGUGAUUCCCCCCUCCUCCUCCCCCUUUCCCUAUACAGAAAAUCCUGUUACAUAACGAAACGAAAAUGCCGAAUUUUUGCGCAGCCCCGAACUGCACCCGGAAGAGCACACAGUCCGACCUGGCGUUCUUCAGGUUCCCCCGGGACCCCAUCCGGUGCCAGAAGUGGGUUGAGAAUUGUCGCAGAUACGACUUGGAAGACAAGACCCCCGACCAGCUGAACAAGCACUAUAGACUGUGCGCCCAGCACUUCGAGGACAUCAUGAUCUGCAGGAGUAGUCCCUACAGGACUGUACUUCGGGAGAACGCCAUCCCAACCAUCUUUGACCUCACCAGCCAUCUGGAUAACCCCGGCAGACGCAGGAAGAGGAUAAAGGAGCUGAGCGAAGAUGAAAUACAGAUGUUAAAAGAAAGGAAAAUGGAUGCUGUCGUCCCCUUGCAAGAAAACCAUCAGUCCAGUAACAAUGAUGUAGAAAUUCAGAUCGAAAUCGAAGAUUCAGAGGAGAAUGCAACCAUGACCGAAGAAGAAAGAUGCACCAAGGACUACAUCAAGUCUCUGUUCGAGAUCGUGCUACUGAUGGGCAAGCAGAACGUUUCAUUGGAAGGACGUAAUUGUAAGGAUCCGGACGGCGUUUACUCCCCAGACAACUUCCAAGCUCUUCUUGAGUAUCGAAUCAAUUCUGGGGACGAGGUUCUGAGGAGGAGGUUUGAGAUGCUCGCUGUCAAUCAGGAAUACUGCCCUCGAUUUCAGCAGGAACAGAUCUUGGAAGUUUGCGAAAGCUGCAUAAGAGAGGAGGUUAUGCGGGACGUACGGAAUUCCCAGUUCUUCUCCAUAAUUGUCGAAGACGCGGUCGACCUGGCCGGGGAAGAAUACAUGCCCAUUUUCAUCCGGCACAUAGAUGACGCCAACAACCUCCACGAAGAGUUUGUUGGUUUUCUUGCUUGCGAGGAAGAUGCCGAAAACAUUGCCACGAACUUCCUAACAGCCAUCACGGAAAAAUGGAAACUAAACCUGGAAUACUGCCGCGGACAGUCCUACGUUGCGUCCAGUAGACUUUCUCCUAAAAUGAAAAUUGUAGCAUCGCGGCUGUUACAAAAGUGUCCACAAGCAACUUAUACUCUCUGUUCUUCUUGUGCCUUAAACAUAUGGUUGGCAAAAUCCAUACCUGUCCCCGGAGUUUCCAUAGUAUUAGGGACUUUGGAAGACAUUUAUUUAUUUUUUAGUAAGUCGCCCGGUUUGCAGUACGAGCUGGAAAAUACCAUCACUAGUCUUUUUAUGGACAAUAUUGAGAAAGGCAACGAACUCAAGGAAAUCGUGAGAACAGAUUGGACAAGUAGACACGAUGCCUUCGAAAUUAUUGUGACCCUACUUAAUUCGCUAGUUCUCUGCUUGGAUAGGAUAGCCUGUGACAACUCAUUUAGGUGGAACUCAAAAGUAACCGGCCACGCAUUUGUACUCUCCAGUGCCUUGACGGAUUUUGACUUUGUUGCCACUGUGGUCAUAUUGAAAAACGCCCUCUCCUUUACUCGAGCUUUCGGAAAAAACUUGCAAGGAUUGACCUCCGAUGUAUUUUCUGCAGCCAAUAGCUUGACGGCGGUUUUACACGCGUUGAACGAGGUCAUGGAGAAUAUUGAAGUCUACCAUGAGUUUUGGUUUGAGGAAGCAACCAACCUGGCGGCCAAGAUCGACAUCCCUGUAAAACUUCCCGGUCGGUUCCGUCGAAUGCAACAAAUUAACUUGCAGCUCGACAUAACGUCCGAAACGUUUUACAAAGAAGCCCUCAGCAUACCGACCAUCCAACACGUCAUCCAAGGACUGAAGGAUGUCUUUUCCGAACAGCAUCUGAAAGCCCUCAAGUGCUUAUCGCUUAUUCCCUCUGUCAUGGGCCAGCUCAAAUUCAGCACCAGUGAGGAACACAAUACAGACUUGUAUAAAUAUGACCUCCCCAGCCCUGAAACGCUCUCUGCAGAACUUCACUGCUGGCGGGUCAAGUGGAAACACCGAAGCAAAGAUGUCGAACUCCCGUCCGACAUCUUCGAGUCCCUUCAUCUACCGGAUAUUAAAUUCUUUCCCAACGUUUAUGCCCUUCUUAAGGUCUUGUGCAUUUUACCCGAUUUUAAAGUCGAAAAUGAGAAAUUUGACAGUGCCAGGAAGCGCCUGAAAUUCUACUUGGAGAGCACACCCAUAGAACAAAGGUCAAGUCAACUGGCCUUGGUCAAUAUAAGUUAUGACUCCAAACAUGAUUUGGAUGUAAUGGUGGACACGUACAUGAAAAUGGCGGCAAAUGAUGUUAAGUUUCAGUCCUCAGAACUUGCGGAGGAAGUUUGAUGACGUUAGCUCGUAUUUCCAGUGCAGAGGUCAAGAACUUCACAUUUUUUUUCUGUGUGGCACUGGGCGUACUUGACAUGGUUUUGGAACAUAAAAUAUGCAGUAUUGUUAUUGUAUGUGCAAGAUGGAAGGAUGACCUUGGGCAUUUAGUAUUGUAAUAGAGAUCGUGCUUGAAAUAAAUGAGACCUUAGGAGGAUAUCUCAAGGUUUAUGGGUAAAUAUGAAUAUCUCAGAUCUGAACCUUGGUUAUGUAAAAAAAAAAAAAAAUAA